AUGUCUGAGUCUAUAACGUGGGAACGGAUUGACGAACAUUUUGAAAAUAUACUUUCGAGUAAAAAAACAAGUGAAAUACCAGAAUUUCAUAAAAAGUAUUGCAAUAUAUGGACGAAGGAGACUGAAAAUUUUUCCAAAGAAGUGAGGGUAAACUAUAAACUAAUUGAACUAAUCGUAGAGAGUCAGUUACCGAAUGAGAAGAUUAGGGAGAACCUUGAGAGAAGAAGUUACAUUUUGGAUGUCGAUAACUCUUUCGAAAAAGCGAUGUCAAUGCAUACAUUCUUCGUUACACUGGAAGAUGAAUGGGAUAGAAAGAUCAAAAAGGUGAAGAAAAGUGAAUUGAACCCAAAGAACUGGCCGAAAGUUGAUGAUGAGGUCAUUGUGGAUAUUCCCGAUGAAGUAGUCAUACAAAAGGAAAUUCAAGCGAUGAAAGAAAAAAAGAAUCAGCAUAUCAAAAAGGCAAAGAAAAAAGGUUUCGAGAUGAUUGGAUACGGCACUGCCGCGAUCAUGGGCGCUUCAGCAUCGAUAAUGUUUCCGCCGGUGAUGAUCACAAUUGGCAUUUUAGGUUUGUUUCAAGUCUCGUACUGCGGAUAUACCGUGGCCAAAGAACUUUACAAAUCUUAUGAUGCGAACAAAAAAUUGAAUAAGAUGAUGAAAUUAAGGUCUAGCUUUUUUGAUAAGCCAGCAUCCGAAAUAAUCAAGAGUACCAGGCUAGAACCGGAACCAGCAACACGUAAUUACCCAGGUGAAAAAGAAAUGACGGUUUUAUCUUUAGGGGAAAAAGGAAAACCGAAUUAUUCUGUGAGACAAAAUAUAACGGAAAAAUCGAAUGAAGAUCACAUGAAGAGAGUACAGGCGCAAUCAGAAUUUGAAAAAAUAAUCGAAGGAAUGGACCUUUUCCACGAAAUGAUAUUGGUAUUCCACAAGACCUGGAAGGAAGCUUCAAAAAGGAUUGGACUGGCAAAAGAUGACUUAAUCAAUAAUAUCGGUAUGUUGAAAGAAGCUACCGAAACAUUGAAGGUGAUUAGCGUUGAUCACUAA